GAGAGGAAGAGACAGAGAGAGAGAGAGAGACAACCCCCAUCUCCACGCAGAAGAGGGUGGAGGAGGGCUGUUAAAAUCCUUCAGCCUAACUUCAGUAAAACACGUUUCUCUGUUUCUCAGCGGAAAGGCACACUCAGCUGCAGAAGGGAAUAUCAGGGUCGUUUUGCACCAAAAACAAUGUCCAGAUUGUUCCGAGCCGUGAUCAUGGGUCCGCCGGGCUCGGGGAAGGGCACCAUCUCGGAGCGGAUCGCCAGAGGUUUCGGCCUCCAGCAUCUGAGCAGCGGUGACUUCUUGCGGGAGAACAUCGCUUCCAACACGGAGGCUGGAGUCUUGGCUAAAACCUACAUAGAGAAAGGCCUGCUGGUGCCAGAUCAUGUCAUGACCCGCCUGCUGCUUCCACGCCUGGAGGAGAUGACCUGUCACAGCUGGCUGUUGGACGGCUUCCCCCGCACUCUGGCACAGGCUGAAGCCCUGAACAGUUCAUGUGAGCUGGAUUUGGUCAUUAGCCUUAACAUCCCCCUGGAGACACUGAAGGAAAGACUGAGUCAUCGCUGGAUUCACCAAGCCAGCGGGAGGGUCUACAACAUGUGCUUUAACCCUCCUCGCGUGCAGGGGGUGGAUGACAUUACCGGAGAGCCACUAAUUCAACAGGACGAUGACAAACCAGAGGCCCUGGUUGCCAGACUGAGGCACUACAAAGAUGUGGCUAAGCCAGUCAUAGAUGUAUACAAGGCCAAAGGAAUUCUGCACACAUUCUCUGACACAGACACAGAUCGGAUCUGGCCUUACAUCAGCUCGCUUCUGAGUGCCAAGAUUCCAACAGAUAUAGCUGAUGCACAGAGAGCCUCGACCCACUGAAAGAGCUGCUGCAUUAAAAAAACAACAACAGUACAGCAUUGCUUCAUCUCACAUCACUUACAUCUUUACCGCAUUAUUCCAUAAUAAUUCCACAGUCAUUCCUCUUUCUACCAUAUUUAAUGCAGAGCACCAAAAGUAAAUCUGAACGACAAAUAAGCUUUUGAUCCUUCAGCUGCAUACCAAAGAAUUGCUUGUUAAUGUAUGCUUUUGUCAGUCAUUAGCUAAUAUUUAAAAUGCCCUUUGUUUUGAUAAUUACUGAUCGAAUUUGAAAGAGACAUGGUUGUUAAUUAUGUUUUUGUAUUUUUUUUCUAGGAAGCACAGCCAUAUAAAGUUUAGAACAAAUUUAGACUCCCAUUCAAAGAUUUAUGUGGGUCAUAAUAUGCAAAAAAUGACAUAUUAAUCAUACAGCCAUAAUUAAUACAUUGACUGCUCUAAAAGAAAAUGUGUUUUAAUCUAUAAUGGAAAUAACUAGGGGUGGGAAUCACAGGGCAUCCCAUGAUAUGAUAUUAUCACAAUACGUUGCCCACAAUAAUGAUGAAUCUGCGAUACUCAAUAUUGAAAAUUCUCUAUGACACUUCAUGGCAUCUGAUUUACUGAAGAGGAUAAAAUAAUCCUCUUCAUGUGUAAAAUAAAAUACCGCAUUUUUCGCACUAUAAGGCGCACUAAAAAUCAUCAGUGCAUUUUAUAAUCUGGUGCGCCUUAUGUAUGAAUUUUAUCAGUCAGGUUGUAAGAAGCAAUGCUGAAGCAAUGCUGAAGUACAGCAUUAUACUGGAAUUUCAGUUUAGUUCUCCAGCAACGUGGCUGGAGCAGUAUUUGAAUUAGCCACUCACCGUGGUAAACGCUAGCUCUUUAGCCAAUCAGAGGUGAGAAUUAUUGGCCUGUAGCCUGCUGCUAACCUCGGCUAGCACUGCUGGAGCAGCGUUAGCAUAAGGUGUUAUCACGCUAAGCGCUAACUUUUUAGCCGAUCAGAGGUGAAUAUUAUCGGCCUGUAACCUCCUGCUAACCCCAGCUAGCACUGCUGGAGCAGCAUUAGCCGGUAACCACGCUAGCUCUUUCUUGGUUCAGAGGGGAGUAUAUUAGACUGUAGCCUGCACGUUUAUUAUGUUAAAACAAGCUACGUGGGAUGAACCACUAGCUAAUAUCGCCCUGGUGACAACCCCCUGCCUAAUAAUCCGAUGCACCUUAUAGAGCGAAAAAUACGGUACAAAUGAAAAAAAUACUAGUAAUUUUGGAUUUAUUGGUGUCAGUUUCACAAAAUUUUCACAACCAGUAUUUUUCACUGCAAGUCUAAUUUGGGUGAAUCUUACGGAGUUUAGAAUACGUUACAAUCAAAAUAAUACAAUAUAUCGCAAUAUCAGUAUAUUGUCCCACCCCUAAAACUCAGAUCAACAUUCCUGUUACUUUCUGUAUGUGAUUUAUUUGCACCUUUUUUUUCAUAGUUAAGCUAAGUUGUGUAUGUUACAAUGAAAUGUUCAAACCCAAUAAUGUGCCUUUAUGAACCCUACAGUUCCUUAGUGCAUAGACUUUAAUGAUGCUGCAUUUGCAUUUUUCACAGGAGAGUGUGACUGAGAUGAUGUUGUGUGAGAGAUAUGGUUUAAGUCAACCUUUUGGACGAUUGCAAUCAGACCAAAAGACUUUUGAGUAUGUUACUUUUUAGUAUGUAAAAAUGCUUUGAUGCUGUGCUGUCAAAUAAGAGCUAUCUACACUAGGGAUGCACCAAUGUGGGAAUUCUAGGCCGAUGUCAAUAUCCAAAAUUAUAUUUGUUUAUAUCUGCCGAAGCCAAUGCCGAUAUGAACAUUUAUAAUUUACAGAGAGACUACACAGUCCAGAAUAACUUUAAAAUAAAUAAAAAUGGCCAGUGUUGGCCAAUUGUAGUAGCGUGGCCAUCGUUAUUUGGUCCUUUUCCGGCAUACAACAAAUACUUCAGCAAGUAUCGGUUUGAAACAUUGGCCAGUACCAAAAUAUUUCCAUUAUCACCGUGCAUCCCUAAUAUACUACUAAUAUACUACAUAUACACAGUCAAGAAUGAACUCUUUGGAACUUUUUUUUUCUUUGCAGCAGUGUUAUAAUAAUAUUUUGUAUUUGUCAUUAUGGCCAAGCCAAAUGUGUAUGUAUGGCAAUAGACAUUUAAUGCCAAAAUAAUCUUUACUAAAGAUAAAUGCUUUAAAGGUAAAGCUUUUCCCAUUCAUAGCAUUACAAAUUCAAUUUACAGUUCAUCUCUUGGCUUUUGAUUGUAUAAUCACCUUUCACAAAUAAACAAUACAGAGGCAGAGAGACAAAAUAAUAAUGUAUUUGUUUUCAUAAGCUCCCCAUCUGUGUGUGUGUGUGUGUGUGUGUGUUCAUGAAAAUGAACUGUAUCUACAAGCCAACGGCUGUAAUAAUGUUAAGGACUAAAGGAAAAGUUUUCCAUGCCCCCUCCUGUUGUGAAAUGCCACAAAGGAUGCAUCUACUUUAUAUAGAAAAUGAAUCUACAAUUACCAAAACAAAUAAAAAUAUUUUUU